GUCACAUACAUCACAAUUACUUCAAAAAGUUGUGUAAACAGAAAUGGCGAGUUGGAAUGGUACUUCCGAAUCAGGAAUUUUAAGAAAAAUUAUUAAAACGGAAAACCAUGACGAACUCUUAAUAUUUGGAUAUGCUUGCAAACUAUUUAGAGAUGACGAGAAAGCCCUAUAUAUCGAUCAAGGAAAACACCUUAUUCCCUGGAUGGGUGAUGAAUCUCUAAAAAUUGAUAGAUAUGAUUGUCGUGGUGCCUUAUCAGAUCUAACAAAAUAUGAGGCCAGCAGAGAGGGCUAUGAUGCUACUAGAUGGUUGGGACUUAGUGAAAAAGAAAGAAAUGUUGAAGAAUUAUGUGAUAAGGAAAGGUAUCACUCUCUUUUAAUUAAUGAAGAAGAAGAACAAAUGUAUAAAGAAGAGGAAAUAAAAAGACAAAACACCAAUACUUUCCAAUAUAGUUAUGAUGUACCCCAGAACCCUGAACUGAAAAAAAAUGAAGAUGUUCCAACAGUUGCUGAAGCUGAAGAAGAAUACAAUCCUCCACCUAUUCUUGAUCUACCAAUAGAUAUUGAAUGGCCUAAGACUGUAAAGGAGAAUGCAAGGAUAGAAAAAACUGCAUUGUUCGUGAGCAAACAAGGACCACAGAUGGAAAUCCUUCUCAAGGCAAAGCAGGCGGAUAAUCCACAAUUUUCAUUUCUUAACCAAGAUGAUAAAUUGUACACAUUUUAUAGACACAUUUUAUCGCUGUUUAAAAGUGGGAGGUAUCAUGGAUAUGAGGCCCACACUAAACAUACAAAUGAAAACAUAUCAGAAAAUUUGGACCAUGACUCCAGCUCACACUAUUUGCAUCCAAGUUUGACUUCAUCAACAGCAGCAGAACCGGCGGCUACCACUGCCAUUACCAUACCCCAGAUUCCAUACAAGCCGUCAGUGAACUGCGCUUAUAGUCAACUGGUAAAUCGUAUACAGGGUAAUCAAGCUGAGACACAAGAGACGCCCAAGAUGCCGGAUUAUGCGCAGAUGACCUACGAGCAACAGCAAUACUACCAGUAUUACUAUGUACAGCAGUAUUUUGAGUAUUAUAAGCAAUUGGCUUUACAUCAACAAGGACAAGCUGGAAAUCCAGGUGAAUUUAUCCCACCGGCAGAUUUCCAAAACUUAGAUCCGUCACUUCAAACUUAUAUCCAACAAAUAGGCUACAACCAGUACCUUCAAUAUCACCAUCAGUCGAAUAAUUCGUAUGUUCAGUCAGCAACUAAGGCAAAUGAAGGCGCUAAUACUACAGUAACUCAAUCUCCUCAAUAUGUACCAGGUACUAAACUAGUAGAGGAAGAAAGAACGGUUACAAUAGUCAAAGAAAGAAAAGAAGUUGAGCUGAACAAGCCGUUGUUGUCACUUGCCGCUUAUGGAUCAGGAUCUGACAGUGAAUCGGAAGAUAGUACGGAAAGUGAUGAUAAAACUGUUAUAAGAAUUGAUAAAGUUGAAGUAGAAUCUUAUCCUGUCCCUACAGAUGAAACUAAAAUCGUUAUAGACAAAAUGGCACUGUAUGUUUCAAAAAAUGGGGAACAAUUUGAAGAGAUCGUCAAAACUAAGAAUGAUCCUAGGUUUGACUUUUUACAUAACACUCAUAUUUUUUAUAAAUAUUAUAAAGAAACUCUUAAAGGGUUUACGAACGAGAAUACAGAAAACGGGCAGCAAGAUAAAGAGGAAAAAGACGAAAAGGACGUAAAAAAGACGCAAAAGGAGAAAAAAGAGAAGAAAGUAAUCGCUCCGGUAAGUUUUUCCAUAAAGAAAACAAAAGAAGAACCUUCAAAAGAAAUUAAAAGUGCUUUACCAGUAGAAGAAAGUAGUGAUGAAGAACAGUCGAAUUCAACUUUAACGACUCCAGAGAAGCCCAAAUCUCCUGUAUUGCCUUCUACCCCUUCAGUUACCGUUUGGAGAAUUGGCGGUGAAGUACCAAAAAAGAUUAUAUCAGAAAAAAUAACAGUAUCACAUGCUGAAAAUACCGAAGAAGUUAAACAAAUAGAAGAAGAUAAGAAAAAUUCUAUUUUAAGUGAAGAAGAUCCUAUUCUAGAAAUGAUGGAAUUAACAGAUGGUUUGGAAGAGAAAAAAGAUGUCAAAAGAGAAGAUAAAAUAAAAGACAAGCUAGCAGCAGCCGCUAGAGAGAAACUUGCUUCAGUUACUCGAGACAGAGCUCUUCAGUUAGAAAGAAAAAAGAAAGCAGCCGCCUUUCUGAAACUAAAAUCAGUCGAAACCAAUCACAAACCAAUCGAAAUCAAUUCUGAAGAUAGCCAUAAUUCCGAUAAAGAAAAAUCACCCCUUAGACGAGAUUCUAAAGACUGCAUUGAAAUAAUAGAAAUAGAUUCAGAAGAUUCUCCUCCCAAGAAGAAGAAACAUAAGAAAGAUAAAGACAGACAUAAAGAUACAAAGUACAGUCGGUCUAGAAGUAAAUCAAGAGAAAGACGGAAAGAAAGAAAAAAGGAUAGGGAUAGAGGUAGACGUAGAAGUAUCGAUAGUGAUGAAGAAGAAGAAUAUAGAAAAAGGAAAGAGAGAAGGAAAAAGUCACAUAGGAGGAAACAUUCAAAAACUCGACACGAAGGAAGAAGUAAAAGGAAAUCCAGAAAACGACACCAAAAAUCUGAAUCCCGGAGCUCCGACAGUACUGACAGCGUAUUGUGACAACGUCUCUGAAUUAUUAGUAAUAAGGUUAUUUGUUUAUUCAAUAAAUAUGAAGGACAUUGUGCUAAUAAACAAAAUAUUUCUCAAGAUAUCUUAAAUUUAUCUAAGUAGUGUUGAAGGUUAUAGCCUGAUCUUUACUUCUGUCAUACAGCUGUAAAUAACUAGGAAGAUAUGAGGAAACAGUGUUGUUGGUCUUGUUGAUAUUGUAAUUUUAAUUUUGUGAAUGUAAAUGUAGUAUUUGAAGCAAAAUAUUGUCUUCAUUUUCACGAAAAAUCAUUCUUCAAACUUAUUAAAAAAUUCUUAAAGUGAUUUUGUUAACUGUUAUUAAAUUGGUCUAAUCGAUCAGCAUCCAUAUAAACUUAUACACGAAUUCAAAAUAUAAUGUGGAACUGAGUGGAAACUUUCUGUUAUGAAAAGUUAUAAGAAACUCAUGAAUUAAAAAAAAACAUUUUGAAUCAAAUGGAAUUGCUGAAGUAUUAUUUAAUGUUAAAAAUUAAAUCAAAAAUCUCCAAAGAAUGAAUCCAUUGAAAAUAAAAUAAUUUAAUCAUUGUUAGCUUACAAUCAUAGCAUUCAUUCACACAUAAAUAGAAGAGUUGCUUGAAAAGUUUCAUUUUAAGCGUAUCCGAUCUACCCCUUUCUCCUCAAAAUGAAAAUCUAUCCUGAAAGUGAAACUUAGGGUUAGGAAACAGAAAAAAGUCUCUGGGGGCUGGAAAUGAUAUACAGUGGGAAGUCAACCAAUUUGAAGGGCAAUUCAUGAAUUUAAGUCAUGGCAAUCACUGAAGUGUGAGAAGGUGUGUUGUCCUGUUUGCAAAGUAUUUCCUUUUUCUUCAAAUGAUGUCGCUCUUUUGCAAUUUCUCACUUUAUCUUAUAAAGUGAUAAUCCGUGACACUCUCAUGUUAUUCUUUUACCUUUUUGAAGAUGUCUAUCAACACAACCCGUUAUGACUAUACUUUUUAGGAGCAGGCUUGCCCAAAUCUAUGUCUUGAUCGUUUUUUUGUUUCAGGAAUGUAGUUGUGGAUCCAGGUUUCAUCUACAGUUAUGAAUCGACGCAAAAAAUCCGUCUCAUUUCACUUAAACCACGAUAUUGAGACCUAAGAAAUGUUAAUUCGAAUAUAAUUUUGGCCAAAGUGGCACCCACCGUGUGGAUAGCUUACGCAUGAAUUAUUCAUCAAUCAGUAUAUGGAAAUGCGUUAUUUUGAUAUGCCGUUUACGUCUUCUAUCUUUCUAACCUUAAUCCGACAAUGUUCCAGUAUCAUUUGGUGAACUUUUACGAUGAUAACGCUGGUUUUUAGUUUUUAGCUGUCUCGGCGUAUUUCCUUUCAACUUAUAUUGUUAAGUGGUGACAUCUUCAAACAAAUAAUCCUUGUAGUAAAGCACAUCUCAGUAUUGAAAUAUAUAUAAAGUGGUAGCCCAAAUCAUAAAUACAAAAUUAAAUAUACAAUAAGUCAUGUGAAACAUAAUUUAUUUCAAUAAAAAUAAGUCAGAUUCUGUUCACAAUAAAAAUUGAAAAAUUAAAAAACGAAAAAUAUACACAACUAAAUAGAAGGCUAUUGAAAGCCAACUAACAUUGAAACACGCACAUCUUCAGGGAAGAUUAUGAUAAUGUUUGCUGAACUGUUUUUCAAAGUACUAUUCAGAAGUUUUAAAUAUAUUGGUUGCAACACAAAGGUUAGUCACAAAUUGAACCACAUAUCUUGGGUCAAAAAUAAUUAAAAUAAAUGUGUGCACGCACAAAAAAUGUUACAGUUUUUGGGAAAAUAUAAAAUGAAAAUCGAAUUUUUCAAAAUUUCCUGAAUAUUUUGUAAUGAAAAUGAAUGUAUAACUUCUUUAUUGCCAGAGCGUUUUUUAUGUUAGUUUGGUGAGAUUAAAUGUAACCAGUCAAUUAUUUAGCACUUCAAAACUACGGAUUGAUUUGAAAUUUCGAACACUUGUUAAGGACCGAUAAUAUCACAAUAAUUUCAUAAAUUCAUGUCACGCUCCAGAUCAGGAAAGCGAUUCGUUUAUAUUUUGAUAUCUGGUACUACUUUUAGCCAACCAUCAUGACAUGUGCAAUCGCUUAAUUUAGCUACUUUUUGGAUGAGUUGUACCUACUUGGAAUAAAAAAAAAACUAAGAAAUAUGCUAACCAAACUAAAAAUUGGGAAAUAAUUUUUAAUACUCCAAAUAAGGGUAGAGUGAUUAAUAAAAGAUAUUAUUUUGGGAUAUUUUCUACGUAACGCCUCGAAUUUGCUAUAUUAUAUCUGUCCAGGCGUACCCAAAAUUGAAUGUAUAUUUGUCAUUUUUGCAAACGUAUGAACCAUUCUAACUGUAACUUCAAUUUUUCUUAUCCCUCUCAAAAUGUAAAAUAAUUGAGAGCAUGCAAUUAUUAGAGCAAAUAUUUGUUAUUCAUCCAUAAAAAUAUUUGAAGGACAAUGAAAAAGUGUCUUUUCCGUAAAGUGCUAGGAGGUAAAAAAAAUUGAAUAAUUAUGUAAUAAAUCAAUGGUGUCACAAAACCUAUUGUAAGGUAAAGAAAAGUAUGGGAGGUUUUAGAGGUUUAUACGAAAAGAAAAUCUUACGAUAAGAAUGGCAUGAAUCCAUUUUCAUUAUCAAAUAUUGAACAGUUGAUAGAUUAUCGGCAAAAAAUCGAUUUUCAUUUUCUUUUUUCCAUGGGCUACAACUUUUCUUGUGUAUUCAUCUUCAUUCAAUCGAGUAAUUAUUGACUCGAGAAUGAGGUUGAAUUGGUUGACCUACAUUUUUGUUGCAUCUUGUAUAUGUGCUUGAAACUAUAACCGUCAGAAAUAAGUUUCCCAAUAAAGAAUUUUAUAAUUAUAUUUGUAAAUUAUUUAUUAUCAUUUUGUAUAUAACGGAUUUGUAGAAAAAAUUAAGUCAAUAAAACAAUUUUAUAUUGAA